AUGACUACGAACAUCCAUCAAGAAAAGGAUCUAUCGGGUAUAGCCCAUGAUCCGUCUAUAUCAGGCGAGAACAAAGCGGACGCCUACCUCUCGACCGCAUAUGAUGUAGAAGUGGGCGUCAACGCUGUCGAAGGCGACGAAGCUACCGAUAAACACUAUACUAUCAUUCCUGAAGGGGUCGAUCCUGCAUUGGUCCGGGACGAAAAAGUACAUCGUGGUUUAGCCCAACGACAUAUCCAGAUGAUUGCCCUUGCCGGAGCCAUAGGUACCGGACUUUUCCUGGGUUCAGGCAAAUCGAUCAGUCGUGCCGGACCCGUAGGUACGCUGAUAGGUUAUGGAGCGGUUGGGACACUCGUCAUGUCCGUCAUGGGCUGUUUAGCAGAAUUAUCUGCCCUAGCACCUAUCUCAGGUGCUUUCGUCAGUCAAGCGGAUCUCUUCUUCGACCCUGCCCUGGGAUUUGCUAUCGGUUGGUGUACGUUCUAUGGCUCAGUUGUUUCUGUACCGGCAGAAUGGUCAGCAGUAGCUGUUGUCAUGACUUAUUGGACAGACUUGAGCCCUGCUAUUUGGAUCGCUAUCUGUAUAUUCGUCACCUUCAUGACCAACUUAUUUCUCAUUCGAAUCUAUGGCGAAGUCGAACUCAUCUGUGCGGUAUUGAAGAUCGCUCUGAUCCUUGGACUUAUCCUCUUCGGACUGAUAUACGAUCUCGGGGGUAUACCGGGAUCAGACAGGAUUGGAUUUAGAUAUUGGAAAGAUGGGGGUGCUUUUGGUCAAGGCUACUAUUAUACCGGUACAGCGGGUGGGAAAUUUGCGGGGUUCUGGUUGACCUUGAUCAACGCUGUCUAUGCGUUCUCCGGAGUCGAAUCACUCGCUAUAGCCGCUGCCGAGACCAAAAACCCUCGUCGGAACGUUCCCAAAGCUGCUAAACACGUGUUCAUCCGGGUGUUCGUCUUCUACAUGGUCACUUUAUUCAUCGUCGGUUUGAUUGUACCAUAUAACGAUCCGAACCUAUUGCAUUCUACUGGUACGGCUGCUUCUUCGCCAUUCGUCAUUGCUGCUCAGCGAGCGGGAGUCAAGGUUCUACCUAGUAUAAUCAAUGCGGUGAUUAUCACUUCAGCUUGGUCCUCAGGUAAUCACGGAAUGUUGGUCGGUUCAAGGUCACUAUACGCUCUAGCUUUAGAUGGUAAAGCACCGAAAAUCUUCACGAGGGUAUCAAGAUUCGGCAUACCGUACUUGGCUGUGAUUGCACAAGGAUCUUUCCAGGCUUUAGCCUUCAUGUCAGUCAGUAGUGGGGCUUCGACCGUCUUCAGUUGGUUGACCAACAUCAACUCUUCAUCAACUUUAUGUAUCUGGAUGGUGAUUGGUUUCUUAUCAUUAAGAGUUCGACAAGGGAUGAAAGCUCAAGAUAUUCAAUCUCACAAAUUACCUUGGUCGGCACCUCUCCAGCCUUUCCUCUCGUACUAUACCCUUGGAGGAUCAUUUUUGGUUUUGAUAACCGGUGGAUUUUACAGCUUCUUGCCAGGAAAUUGGGAUGUCUCCGAUUUCUUCUCCAGCUACUUCUCUGUCAUCUUUAUGAUCGUUUUCUAUUUCGGAUACAAAUUAUGGAAACGAACUAAGAUCAUUCCCCUCAUUGAAGUACCUGUCGGCCAAUUGAUCGCUAUCGCAGAUGCGAACCCCGAGGAUCCCCCUACACCUACGAAAGGAUUCUGGAAAUGGUUUGGCAAGUUCUGGUGGGACUAG